AUGGAUCCGAGAGCGGCCUUCGAGAGGUUCUCAGAUGGGAAGUCUUGCCUGGACAUUGAUGACCUCAGCUGCGCCGUCUGGGCGGUAUUCGGCACGAAGUUCAAGAAGCAGGAUUUGCGUGACUUAAUGACCCAGUACUGCAGGCCGGAAGCGCAGGGCAUCCUUCUGGAGGCCUUUCUAGCGUUAGUGGCGGAACGCAGGCGGAUUUAUGGCGACCGCGACCGCGCGCUGAGACUGUUUUCUGCCUUGGACAAGCACGACAACGGCUUCCUGGACCUGCGAUCGUUUCAUGAAGUGUGUGUGGAGACCUGUCGGCCGAUUGCAUCCCGUGCGCAUGAGCUCUUCCACGACAUGGAUCGUUCCAAGUCUGGAGUUGUGACCUUCUCCGACUUCGAAGCAUACCUUGCUGGUGACUGA